AAAUGAUGAGGGAAAUGUACACGGCCCAGCAACCGUACACGCUGGGCGAGUACGAAGGAGGCCCACUUAAUUCAAACAUUCACAAAAUCAUGGACGAGCUGAGGUCAUUUGAGGUCAGAGCCGACGACUGUUGGAUCGUUACCUACCCAAAAGCAGGCACAACUUGGGUUCAGGAGAUCAUGUCGGCCGUGAUGCAUGAUGGGAACCUUGAAGAGGUCAGCAAAAGCCACUCUAUGCUUCGCGUGCCAUAUUUUGAGCAGAAUUUCCCCGAGGAAGUAAGGCGGCUCAUUGAUAUAUAUUGCUGUAUUUGUUUUACUUAAUCGCAAAUUAGAAGAACCGUCAGAGCAGCA